AUGCGAUUUGGGAGAAAAGGGAAGCUAAGCCCUCGAUAUAUUGGCCCUUAUGAAGUUCUGGAGCGAAUCGGAGAGGUGGCCUAUAGGUUAGCAUUACCUACGGAAUUAGCCAAUGUCCAUAAUGUUUUCCAUGUGUCUCAACUUCGAAGAUAUAUUCAUGACCCAAACCAUAUCCUUCAACCAAAAACUGUCAAAUUAGAUCAAAACCUUACCUUUGAGAACCGACCCAUUAAGAUCUUAGAUACCAAAACGCGAAGUACUCGACGUAAAGUUGUGAGGUUAGAUAAGGUAUUAUGGUCGAAUCAGAAAAUCGAGGAAGCUACUUGGGAAGCUGAUGAUGCCAUGAGAAGCCGAUAUCCAGAACUUUUUCCUCAGGUAUGA